GUGUUAUUUUAUUUUAUCAAUUUAUUAUUUUAUUCUCAUUCUACGUGACUUUACCGAAAGAACCAAAGAAGGGGCAGCUCGCCGAGCAGUACUCCCAGCUGGCGAGCAACCUCCAGAAAAACAGCCUGGAGCUGCAGCAGUCCCUGGCAUCCGGCACAGCUGACUCACUGAGCCUGCAGGAAAUGAAGCGAGCGUUGGAGGCGGCGCGGAGCGAGUGCGAGUCUCAGCAGCGUAAGACCGAGUCGGUGCUGCAGCAACAGAGGCAGCAGCAGGAGCAGCACCAGGCACAGCUCAUGUCCCUGAAGUCGGAGAGGGAGUCUUCGAACCAGGCGUCGAUUGAGGGGAUGCGACGCCACUACGAGUCGCAGCUCGCUGACCAGGCCGCCGAGAGGGACAGGGAGGUGUCCAGCAUGAAGAUGAGGAUCGAGAGCUUCCAGCAGCAGAGCCAGAGUUCGAGCCAGGGCAGUGACCAGCGCCUGGCUGAGCUGCAGCGCACCAUCUCCCAGCAGGAACAGAUCAUCGCCACACUCCGCGAGGAGAUGGAGAGGUUGAGGAUGUCCAUGAGCCAAAGGUCGACCAUGCAGUCGUCCACCGUGGUGAACACCGCCGCCAAGCGGGAGACGGAGUACCCGUACCUACGCCUGGUGCCCACGUACGGAGAGUGCGUGUACAGCAACUACUCCGUGCAGAACGCCGGACACCACGGAGACAGCAGAGUCGCGAGCGAGAAGGCGACCAAGACCGUCCGAUUUGCAGAAUCCGAGAGAAUCUUCUAAGGGGGAAACGCACGGUGCCACGUCCACACGCGGGAGCGCAGACUCACCAGGAAACACCUUUCCCCAAUGGUCAGCAACCAGAAUAUCAACUUGGCAUGUAUGGGUAACCCUCUAAACACAACAACAACAACAACGGUUGCCGUUUGCCCGCUAAGUGGCGGGGAUGUCACCAUGGCGUUUGUGCGAGGCUCGGUGCACUUUGAAGCCAUCGCGUGAAGUGUCAAGGCUUGCUGUGGCAGGCCCAUAACACCUGGGUCUGUUCUCAGGUGUUAAUGGGUUAAUUCUACACAUGGGCACACGCAGCUACGUACUUAAAUGCAUGCACACGUCCUCGCGCACACACUCACGCACGGAUGCACAGGUUGCUGGCCAAUGUCACUCUUCAACGUGCACAGAAGCACCGCAAUGCUUUUGGUGCAGGUUAAUUGGGUUUGGGUUUCUGAAUUUUCUUAAUUAUUGUUAUUAUUUAGCUUUUUGUACACUUUAAUGUGUUAACAAAAAAAUAAUUCCUUUUUUUUUAAUUUGUUACUGUUUAGUAGUUUAGUCAAAGAAUAACAUCAUUUUGGGGAAACUGAAUGUCAGGUGAGUGGCGACGCAUUCAAUGGCACUUUGAUGAUCUCAGUUAGCUACGUACAGCGCGAAGGAAGCUCAACGUGACUUUACCGAAAGAACCAAGAAGAUGGGUAUAUACUUCUACACUCCCACCAGCUCCACCGUCUCGUUCAUCCCAACCUCGGGGGUGGAGGGUUGGCACCGUAUUCGGACGCGGAGAGAACUCCGCACCCCCACGGCCUGCACAGUACCCAGUGGCACGAACCGCGAGUCCUGCUCCCCGUGAAUUAUGCCAAUGCCUACACUGCACUCAUUGUUGGGGGGGGGGGGGCAGGCUAUUUGACCAUACUUCACCACGCUGGUUCGUGCGGAUUGUCUAAAGGCAGGGGAGGCAUAAACGUGAGGGCACAGCAGUGGUACAAUUGAUGCUGCUGUGCCACCACACCUCUGGCUGCCCACACUCGGCAUAGCUCGUGAUAAAUGGCCGGGAAUGGGUGCCCGAUCUCAGCAGCUAAGCAGUAUGAGCCUGGCUAGCUCUAGGAUGAGUGACCGCCGUGCAUGAAACAGGCUGCAUUGUGGAGAUGCGUGUGACGUGACCAACGUGUGUUUAGAAAUACGUUAAUAAAUAACACCGGCCCAUUCACUAAUUUUCAAGGUUAUUUUUAAAACCCACAUUGUCUACGUUCUUAAUCGCGUAAUGAAAGCCAUGCGUUUUUAGCGCUUUACUGAAUUAAUGAUCCUGUAAUAGAUAGAAUCAAGAAUUUGUACUAUGAAUGCUGGUCACCUCACAGCCCAAAUCUUACAAUAACUGGCAUUCAGUCUCCCACAAGAUUAUCCAAAGGCGGUGGUAGUUAUGCAAUGCCUAUAACCUAGUCUGGAAAAACUAGACGAAAGACCCAUGAUCAGGGGAGAGACAAUAACUGUCCACACGUAGGAGGGGUGUCUUUAUACAGAUUGUCCUUGGCUAAAAACCAGGCUUACGUGGCUGUGGAGACCACUAUAGAGGACAUUGUUUGAGCUGUUACUUCGUAACCCUUUCGAGUACUUUUCAAGCUAGAUUUGAGAUGCAAUGGACAUUUUCCAAAAUGUCAGGGCCUAGCAUUAAAGACUGAGGAUAGGAGCUACCAGCAGCAUUCUUGAGGGCAUGAGAAAUGCUGGAGGCAUUGACGGUGGCAUGAAUUGAAGCCCUGUUAAUGAAAGGGGGGACACGUUGAGAUAUGACUUUGAUGAAUAGAGAGUCAAGGAUAGAAAAUAUUUUUUUAAUCGAUUUGUAGAAUUAGUACAUGCUACUUUUUAGCAAAAUGGUUUGCCCACCCCUGUGCAGUAGCGCACUAUGAUGAGCUACAAAGUCUGAACACGAUUCAGCAUUUGCUUACUUGUAUCUCUCUUCCACUAUAGACUUGAGUUUCGACAGAGCAGAGCCAGCCAGGCUGUUUUUUCCAUGACAGAAUCCGAGCCGCGCUGCUGACGUCACACGCAAUUGACUAUGUUGAGUCGCAUCUAGAUGACGCAGUGACACUGUCCUCACAGCGUACUAACUGACGUCACACACGAUGAACAAAUCAUUUGCCCUGGCCUUGCUUGGCCAUGAGGCAGAUUAAUAAAGUGUACUUAAAUCGGUGAGAGCAAGAGGCCAGAAUGAGUCUCAUUUGCAACCAUGAACUGAGGGAAUCAUUCUGCCAAAAGGGAGCGAUGAUCCCUUUGCAUCGUCCCAAAUGAGUUACUUGCGGGCAAUUUUUUGCAUUUCGCAGAUUUGGACCCUAAUGCCCACACACAUUUGGCCAUUCUUGUGACUCGCAUCAAGGGAUACUCAACGUCCACUUCAGCAGAUAGCAUGGUAUUCUUCCGUUUGUUACACCGGCAUUGUUAUAAUCGGGGCGGCUGAUUGAUCCAAACCACGGACCUCUGCAACAAGCGGCGAACGAGUAAGGGGCCACGUCUAUCGCAUCAAGUUCCCUAAGAAUGUAUCGUGAAGCCCGCGUACCGCUGCUCGGUUCUGGCUCUGCCCGGCAAAUGGCUAGUGGAAAAACCAUCCAAUAUGGCGACCGACUAAUAUCGCUAGUGGAAAGAGGGGUAUGGUAAUUAACUCUGGGUUUUGUACACGGGUGGUGAGGAAAGUGGUUUAAGUAUGUGUACACGCGCGCGCUCGUUACGCUCCGCUUUAGUAAUUGCACGUGCACGCUGCAUGCCUGGCGAGGUGGAGGUUCGACGAGUUUGUAAGGGAGGAGUCGGGGUGUUUUCCAUCCAUUGGCAUUGAUUGUGAACACGCUGUUCAUGUAACUUGGCCAAAAUAAACACAAGUCUGCAUGCAUCUUUAA